CGGGACAUUCUGUGUUGCAGCUCUCAGAUCUGUUCAGAGGCUGGAUGGGAGGGUGGGAUCGUGUCCCCUGCCCUGACCCAGCCAGGCCUGGGUUCAAGCUCUUGCAUUCCCUAGGACUCAGGCCAGGGCGGGGAGACAGGUCAGGCCUUGGGUCAGACAGUAGGAGGAUGCUACGCAUAGAACCGGGGUGUGGGGGGUGGAGCCCCAAGAGAGGCCACCAGGAGGACCAUCACGUUGGCAGGACCAGGCAGGUGGGACUGGCUCUGGCAAGUUUCUGUGAGUAGGAUCCCAGGCAGCCAGGACCAGGCCCUGCCCAUCCGUGAGUCACCGCCCUACCCCAGCCGGGGUGCUUUUCUGGUUCCUCAUGAAAUGCCCAAUUCCUAAACAUCUGUGGUGUGGCCCCCAUGCCAUGCUGCUCAUCUGCUGUCCUGCCUCCAGGGCCUGGACCUCCUGAAUGAGGAUGCUGCAGCCAGAGAGUCCCCAGGUCUCUGAGGAGGGGACCACUGCCAGCUCCCAGCGGGGUGACUGCAUCAUCUGCUACUCAGCCUACGACCUCACCAGGCACCUGCCACGCAGACUCUACUGUGGCCACACCUUCUGCCAGGCGUGCGUGAGGCAGCUUGACGCUCCGACCCACGAGCAGCGCUGGAUCCCCUGCCCCCAGUGCCGCCAGAGCACCCCCACACCCCGUGGAGGGGUGGCCAUGCUGGACCUCGACCUGGCCGCCUUCCUGGCUGUGAAGGCUGAGUGGGAGCCGUCCCGUGAGGAGCCCCGGGUGCCCCCCAAAGGCAGCACUGCCAUCACUCAGCAGCCAACCAGGCUCUGUCCCUCCCUGGGCACCCAGCCCCACUUCCCCUCAUCCUGGCGCUGCUGUGGUGGCUGCAGGAGCCUUUGCUGGGGUGCCCCUGGCAGUCCUGAGGUCUGAGUCCUGCCCAUAGGACUGUGGCCCACAGCG